CCAGAGUAUCACCUACCGUCGUGUUAUAAUGUGCAACCACCACCACCCGCACAAUCCAAAAUAGGUUCAUUUGCAGAUGAGACUCUAUUUUAUAUCUUCUAUAGCAUGCCUCGAGACAUACUGCAAGAAGCUGCUGCUCAGGAAUUGUACAAUCGUAAUUGGCGUUAUCAUAAAGAACUUCGAGUUUGGUUAACAAAAGAACAGGGAACGGAACCAUUCGCGAAAACGCAAACUUUCGAACGCGGAAAUUACAUACUUUUCGAUCCAGCCAGUUGGGAAAAAGUCAAGAAAGAAAUUUUUCUCAUGUAUGAAUCAUUGGAGGAACGACCCACUGCAAUGCUAAGUAGUAUGGGAGGCUCGUCCUCGUCUACGAAUCUUGGAUCAUUAGCACCUGGCAACUUACAACAGGCAGUAGCACAGCAAAACCUUGCUGCAAAUUCUAUGAACAUGACAAGUCUUAUGAGCUUGGGAAAUCUACCUUCUGCAGGCGUGAGUGGAUUAAAUGCUGGAACUUUGGCUGGUUUAGGCGCAAAUCCUGCACAACUACAGCAAUUACAUAAUCAGUAUCCGACAACACCUGGUAGCGCGGGUCCUCAUCAUCAAUUAGGAGGCCCCGUGUCAGGUCUUGCACAAGGCGGUCACUACACAUUACACAGG